UUGUUUGUGCAUGUAGCUAGUUUUAACUCUUUGUAUUAGUUUGUGUGUGAGACAUAUUCACCUUAGACUGCAGGAUUUAAGAUUUUCAGGGUUUCUCAGAGUAAUUCAACAGUUUUAUUCUAUUUUUGACCAGUGAUGUGUUUUGGUCCUUUUGGGUGGAGUUCUCUUGAUAGUUGAUCCUCCAAAACAAAUGUUAAUGGUCCCCUUUGAGUUAAUAUAGUUUAAUGCAUUUAUGUGUUAACUGUUUUUAAUGUAGCACAGUUUUUAGGUGUUGGGAGAAGAACAAGAGCAGUCUUCAACGAUCAUCCUAUUCACAAUCCUGUUCAUGUUAAAUAUUUCUAAUGCCAUUAACAUUAACCCCAAUGGGCAAACCUGAAUUUCUUGCUGAGUCAAAUGUCGACAUACAGGCACUGCCUGUAUCUGUAGUAUCGGCCCUGUGGCUUAGUUUAGGGCUAGAAUACCUCUGCUUUGUUUGCAUUGACUGGUAUUUAGUGUGACAGACAUCAUCAUGAGACUGGGAGUAAGGUGCUGUAAAUUCAGGACCACACAGUUUCAUGAUGCUUUCUGGUGUGAUUGUGUUUUAGGACUACAAAAGACAUCUUUGUCACUGGAACUUUUUCAAUCAUGUUUGUGAGCUGUUUGUUUGCCAAGAACUAGACAGAACUUUGAAACCCCUUUUGACUGAGAGCUGUUUCUUCCAAACUGAUUCAAAUUAAACUAGGAUUUAGUUUGAAUGUGACUCAUGUAAUCGUAUUGACAUUUACAAUCCCCGAGUGCCUAUGUCUGUGUAACAUUUACUUUUUCCUUAAGCCAAGGUUUAAGAAAGACUGAGUUUGUGUGUUAGAGGAAGGAAUCAGCUUUUGAUGGAUUAAUCUCAGUGCCCUGUCAGUGUGAUUUACUUUUCUUUAAAUGAAAACAUGUGUGGUAUUUUUUGUGUGUGUGUAAGCUGUGCAUAUCACCUGUAGAUCACAGUAAUGGUCAGUCACCACCCCCAAACCUAUGCUGCGUUAAUGAGAGAAGCUUUGUGUGGCUGUAACAGCCUUAGGCCACAAGAACUGUCAUUUAAAUGACUGAUGCAGCUGAACUAUGAUACUAUGGAGGGCUUGCAUUGCAUAAAAUACAAAAAAUUCUGCAUUCUUUUAAGUUUAUUUUAUCUGUACGAAACUAAAGGGAAACAAUAUUAACCCUGAUACAGAACUGAAAUAAGCAGCAGGGAACUGUCAAAAAUUUACUGGCAUAUUUUCUUGAUUAAAAAUACCUAUUAUUUGGUUGUUGGCUGAUUAAGUUUAAGCCAAUUAACUACUUUAUUUAUCAACUCUUCAUUUCAGCACUUCUGUUAUUCCACUUAAGCAAUUGAUGGUCAUGCUAACUACACACAUAUAAAGAUAAGAAUCUGCUACUUAUGUUGGUUAUGUUAGUAUAAAUUAAAGACAUUUCUGUCUGACUGUCCUUCAACAUUCUCAACAACCAGUCAUUUGAUCAAAGUCAAACAUGGCAAGUGUUGGUAAGAAUGUGAAGAAGUGCAGUGUUGAUGGUGUUGAUAGUUUUUUGACAGGUGUUUUUGAGAAAUGUAAAAAAAAAAAAGAAUGGAACUUUUAAACGACAGUUGGUCACAAAGACUGCUGCACUCAGUAUAAGUGCACAUUGGAGAAGUUUGCCUUCAGGGCUGUUUGUCAGAACACCUGGACAGGUGCUUAGAGUUAUAUGCUUGGUUGGUCUCUCAGUGCUGCAGAGAUAAUUGAAUAUAAUACUCCAGAUCAGGUGGUGGAAAGAGAGUAGUUGUGUAAAGCUGCCAGUGGCUGGCAAGCCUGUCAGUGAUGUUGAUGCCUGUUUUCUUCUCUCUGUCUGUGUCAGUGCCAGCUGGGCCAACAUACUAUAAAUAGCUGUUCUUGACCCCCAGAGCUAUAUUAGGCUUAUAGACAAAAGGGACAGCGAGCAAGGAUGACUUACAGUUGAGUAAGAGAAGGAAGGCAGUCAUUGGAGGUAGAGGGACGGGACAGAUAGUGAGACAAAGAGGACUCGAGGCUAGGAGACACAGCAGCUCUUUACUCUGAACUGGGACUGCAUGCUGUCUCUGUGGCCAGUAAACCUGUUUGAUUAGUUAGUGAACCCGGCUGACAGUCGGCAGGGAUGGGUGAUCCAGUAACCCUGGUGGAGUCCGCCGCCACUCCUGUUAUCACAGCGAUCCCCGCUGUCAUUGCUGGGGAAAUGCAAGAUGGGAAAAAUCAAGCUGGCAGUAAGAAUGGGAAGAAGGCCGACUCUGGAUCCAGCGGCAGCUUCUUCACCUGGUUCAUCGUCCUGGCCCUGCUCGGAGUCUGGACUUCUGUAGCCGUGGUCUACUUUGACCUGGUUGACUAUCAGGGAGUCCUUGACAAGGCUAAAGGCUUACAAAUUAACCUGUCUGAGGCCUUGCAAGGUAAACUGGUGGCAUACGAUACAGAUGGCGAUGGUGAUUUUGAUGUCGAAGACGCUAAAGUUCUUUUAGGACUGAAAGAGAAAGCUGUUGUCAUCACUUCCCGUAACGAACACGCUGCUGCCCCAGUGGAGAUUCCUGAAGCCGAACCCACACCGGAGGCUGUUGUUGAGCCCGACCCUGUACUUGUGGAGGAGAUCUUUGAAGCUGAUGUAGCAGAGGACACUUCUGCUCCACCAUCAGAGCCUGAACCAGAACCUGAGGCAGAACCUGAGGAAGAGCCUGAAGAAGAGCCUGAACCAGAACCUGUGGAGAUUCCUGAGGUGAUUGAGGAGGAUCCAGAGGUGCUGGAGGAGGAGCCUCUUGUUGUAGAGGAGGAUGCCCCUGCAGAGGAGGCCCCAGUCGAGGAGGCCACAGAGGAGGCUGCUCCAGCUGAGGAGGAGCCAGUCGCUGAAGAGGAGAUGAUGGCAGAAGAGCCUGCAGAGGAGGAAGCAGCUGAGGAGCCAGUGGAGGAAAUGGCUACCGAGCAGGCUGUGGAGGAGGAGACUGCUGACGAGGCUGUGGAGGAACCUGAAGCAGAGGCUGCAGUGGAGGAAACCAUGGAGGAGGUGGCUGCUGAGGAGGAGGCCGAGGCUGUAGAGGAGGAGAGCGCUCCUACAGAAGAAGCUGUGGAGGAGCCAGCUGAGGAAGAGGAGGCUACUACCACAGAGGAAGCUGCUGAGGAGCAAUUUGAAGAAGAGGUAGCUCCUUCAGAAGAAGCUGCUGAGGAGCAAUUUGAAGAAGAGGUAGCUCCUUCAGAAGAAGCUGUUGAGGAGGUAUUGGAAGAAGAAGAAGCAGCUGAGGAACCUGCUGAGGAAGCUGUUGAAGAGGUAGCAGAAGAAGAGGCAGCACUGUCAGAGGAGCCUGUGGAGGAGGAAGAAGCACCUUCAGAGGAGCCAGAGGAGGAAGAAGCACCUUCAGAGGAGCCAGAGGAGGAAGAAGCACCUUCAGAGGAGCCAGAGGAGGAAGAAGCACAUUCAGAGGAGCCUGUGGAGGAGGCCGCUCCUUCAGACGAGCCAGCUGUAGAGGAGGAGGCCGCUCCCUCAGAAGAAGCUGUUGAGGAGCCUGUGGAAGAGGAGGAAGCUCCAGAAGAAGCAGUGGAGGAGGUUGCAGAGGAGGCAGCUGCAGAGGAGGCAGCAGCCCCAGAGGAUAGUCCAGAAGAAGUGGAGGAGCAAACAGUCCCAGAGACAGAAGAAGUAGCCCAAGAGGAAGAGGAGACAAAAGAAGAAGAAGCUGAGUUUGUCGAGACAGAGGAACAGAUUCUGGAUGAGCCCACAGAAACGUAGAGGCUGCAGUCGUGGUGACGGAGCAGGGACCCACUGACGUUGCAUCAGCACCAUCUGAGUGCGCUCAGAACAAUGGUGCAUUUUUCCACCUCCGGGGAACGAAUGAGUCGUUGUGACAACACCCCACCCCUCAACCCUCCCUCCCAUCUUUCCCCCUCUGUUUUCACACCUUUCUUUAAAUUUUCCUUUUAGCGUGAAAUGAUGGCUGAAAACUGUUUACUAACAUGGUACUCCUGUUUUUACCAUUCUUGGUUUUUUUCCUUCUUAGUUUUGGUUCACUAUCUUUUUUUCAGUUGAGCACCCAUUUCCAGUUUUGUUCAGGGUGGUGUGUGUGUGUGUGUGUGUGCGUGCGUGUGCGUGCGUGUGUGUGAGUGGCCAAAUGUCUAGGCAAUGUGACAUCUGUGUGCUCUACUUGCAGCAGGUCUACCAGAGUCUUGAGCUGUAACAGCAAAGUAUCUUGAACUGUACUUUGAAAUUUCUCUGAGAUGGGCGUCUUGUAUCUAAAUACAAUUUCCAAGCAGAAUGAGGCCAUGACUUAAGACCAAUCUUUUUCACUUAAUCAGGAAGUUUGCUUAGCCCCGUAGCUGUGGAAAUUCAGAAUUAAGCAGCUCAGCUCCACUCAGCAGUUUUCUUUGGCCUCUGUUGUAGAUUCUAUGCAAAGCUGUCGUACAGUCUGUCACCUGCCUCCCCUCUUCAGCCUCCUCACCCCCCCAUCCAGUUUAUUUACCACUCAGUAUGUGUCGAUUCCAGGAUGAGCCAUAUGCUAGCAUGUGAACUUGGAGAGAGUGUGUGCGUGAAUGAGUGUGUGUAUGUUUUACUCAUGAGUGUGUUGACAAAUCUCUUGCUAAUCUAUCUUUUCUGUGAGAAUCAAGUGUCGUGAUGUCGUUUUGAAGAUUUUUUUUUUCUCCUUCAGUUUGUUUCCUAAUAACGUGUACCAGUGUGUGUGUGUGUGGUCUGUAUAGUCUUUUUUUUUUUUUUCCAUAUUUCAGACAUGAAUACUAAGAGCAACCAACCAGGCGAUCAAACAGGUUUCAGCUGAAGUUGCAACAUGUUACUUCAGCUCUUUGAGUUUGAACUGUGAUGUAACGUAGGCCACUGUUGAUGGUGCGAAGCUGUCACGUGGUGGUGUCAAGAUUCUGUUUAAGAACACACCAGCAACAUGGAUAGUUGGGCUGAUGCGGUUAACCCUGUGUGAGACAGAAUCCGUUUCUGUAAUAGUAGCUUCAGUGUAAAAAAAAAAGUUAUUUCUGACUCAUAGAGGGUUAAAUAGAUCAGGAGCCAUGUUCCUGUGGAAGUGCAGUCAUUACUAACCAACUGAUGCCAGUAAAUUGAACCAACAUCUUUGUUUUUCUCUUCAGCAGUGAAGCUUUACUGGUUUGUAGGUUUAAGGGAAACUAAUUUACUGUUUCCUUUUCCUCUGAAACAUCAGAGUUUGUCUGUAUGAGCUUUUUAAAACAUUGAUGCAGGCCUAAAAGAUCAGAGCACAAAACAUCAUUUUAUGAAUUAUUCCAUCAAAUCCCAGAACAAAAAAUCCAAAUGAGAUCUUUCUCUGUCUGUAUUUUGGAGUAAGGGCGACCUGAUGUUUUGGCUAUCGCUCUUUUCUUGCCCCUGUUCUAAUUGUACAUCACCUUGCUCUGGAUAUGAUGAAUUACUGUGACUGAGGUGGUGUUGGGACAGUGGCUGCAGCAACGUGUGCAGCACAUUUUCCUUUGGAUACUGACAGUGAACUCUUUGUACAACUGACAUUGUAGGAAUUAUUGCAACACAACAUUACAGUGGGAGGAGCAACAUUAGAAAAACAUUCCUCACUUUUUAAGAAUUCUCAUGUCCCGCGUGUGUGUGUGUAGUCCUCACAUACUGUAACUAGCAGGCUGUUUUUAGGGAUGUAGCGCACCCUAGUGGUGAGCAGUAGCUGUUUCUGUAGGAUGUUUUGUCCUGUUUCUCUGUAACACUAGCUGGUCUUUUCUACUUCCUACCACUUUGUAAGUCAAUGUGAAUUGUCAAAUCUUUUUAACAUUGAAGAUUGCAAUCUUUACCAAGAGAGCUUCUAGAUUUUUAAAAGGAACAUUUUUAAAAAGAACUUGGAGAAAUAAAGAUAACUUAAUUUUCUGAAAAUGCUUUAAAAGCUUUUUUUUACAAAGCCAUAAGCUGUUUGUCAGGCAGGUCUAAGGGGCAGUACUACUUCAACACAAACAUGUUAUUCUUGUUCACAAGGAAAAGCAAUAAAAGUCAAGCAGCAGAGAGGCCACACUGCAGCGCCCCGGUGAAAGUUUGUCAUUCCUAAACUUUGGUCUGAAGUCAUGUAUGGGCUGCAAUACUUUGUUUCCAGCAUACAGCGUCUGGGUUUAGUGAGCUCAGGGGUGUUGUGGGGAAAUAUUUCUGUUUGGUUUAUAAAAACAGCUCCAUCUCUUUCAAAGUUUUGUCCAUCGAUCAUGACCUUCAGUGUGUGGAUCUGAUACUGUCCUGUAGACGAUGACCAUGGUGAUUAAAUUAUUGUGAUGUACUGACAAUGAUGGGCUGUUAAUGGAGAUUUGAAGUAUUACGGUUUUCUGUAAAUGAUCUGUUAUGCGAGCUGAAAUAAAAGGUUUGGGACAACACAA